CGUGUGCGCCUGGUCGUUGGAGACUGGUUAACAGGUCUGCGACCGAGGAGAGGAGCGUCCACUUCUUUUGCAUAAUCAUCCCCGGCGUGCCGUGCGCUCUGUGUUCUCUGGAGGACACCGGAGCUCCGCACAGCUGAGAUCAACACCUCUUUCCUGGGUAUUUGUUUCUUAGAUAAUAUUCACCGGGCUUUUUUUCCCUGUGUUGUGGCGCAACAGAGCGCUCAGCACUCCGGCUGAGGCUGCUCAUCUGGCAGCAGGUGGUGAGACAUGUGGACAGGGGAAGUCACCCGCUUCUCCCCGUGAUUGUCAGUGAACAGAUCAGUGCUAUAAGGUGCUCGCUCCGGACAUUAGAGGUGAGGAAAGUGACUCGGGAUGCUCGGCCAGUCUCCUCACCUUAUCGGGGGCAUCUUGUGGAUCCAGAAUCCAAUGAGAGCUGUUCACUGCAACUUGAGCCAGAAUGGCAUCGACCACCAGAUGUGCCCGGAGGACAUGACGUCACAGCUAGAAGAAGAGGAGGAGUCGGUGGACGCGGGGCCUGUUCUGCUGGACGACGACAGCCCGAGCUACCAUGAUGUCAGCCCCCCCAUGUACCAGCGCCGCUCGCCGCCACACCGCUCUGUCUCCGAGUCUGAGCUGUCACGGCCAGGAUAUGUGAAGCUGUCCAAGCCAGUGGCCCUGUGGACCCAACAGGACGUGUGCAAAUGGCUGAAGAAACACUGUCCCAAUCAGCACCAGAUCUACAGUGACUCCUUCAAACAGCACGACAUCACAGGGCGGGCUCUGAUGAGAUUGACAGACAGAAAGCUGGAAAGAAUGGGCAUCAUGCAGGAAGCCCAGAGGCAGCACAUCCUGCAGCAGGUCCUGCAGCUUCGCGUCCGGGAGGAAGUCAGGACCCUUCAACUUCUCACACAAGCCUCUCUGGAGUGCACUCCGUCUUCACCAUAGCCUGAUGGAGGACUAUCUAGUCACAAAAGGACGCAGAUACCCACCGCCUUGCCAACAUCCACCCCAAUUAUGUGAUCCCCAGACUUCUUCGUGGAACAAUCUCAGCUCUCCGUCUCACACCUCUAGUCUCCGUCCUCAUCCGAUCUGGAAAAAACUCAUGCCUUCUUCCCAGCCACUCCUGAGAAGCUCCCACGAGUUCUGACUUGCUGUUUCCUCGCAGUCCAAACAAUUCCUCACAGCUUCCUGGAAUCUGACCCACAGUUUCCAUUUCAGGCGUCCCAUCUCCAGUCGUUUCUGACCUUUGCAGCCAAACCUCGACCAGACCUCUCACGCUAUAACUCCUCCACUCCUCUCAGAAUCACUUCACUCCUUCUCCCUCAAGAUCCAAGCCGACAGCCAAGCCCAUCCAACAAUUAAUCUACCCAGAAUUCAACACUUGCCUUGGCUGGGUUUCCUAAAAGCAUUUAAACACAAAGAUAAUCUCUGCACUGUCGCCUUGAGAUGGAACGGUAGUUUCAUGUGUGUGUGUGGAUUUGCUUUUAGAGAAAUCUACCCUACCCUCAGUGAGAGUGAUACCUAUAAUCCUCUUCUUCAUUUAAACUCAAACACAAUCUCUAGGUCUGUUUGUGGCAUGUUGGCUCCUUCAUUGUAGCACCUAAAUGUCUAUUAUCUCCCAUGAGUACUCUUGUGGUGCACUUCUGAGCCUGGCUCUGCCCUACUCAGGGCUUUCAACCUAGUCACUAGAAUAAAUGUUGGCAUGAGAUGUUUCUGCAGUCCAUGGAUGUUACAUUUGUAUGUUUCAUAUGUAGCGGAUAUGUUGAAACUUUACAUUUCUUGACCUUUCAUUUUUCAGUUGUAUGUUAUGACAACGCUAUGAUUAAUGAUAAGGCUCAAAAACUACUUGUUAAGUGUUACGAAAACAUAACGUUUGGGUUAAAAAUACCUUGUUGUGUUUGUACAAAUGCAGCUGGACAUGUCCCAAACAGUUGUUAAAAAAUACACCGUUUUGCGGGGUUUUUUGCUGCAAACAUGGUUGGACAUGUCCCAAACUGUUGUUAAAAUAUACCCAGUUUUGAUGCUACACAUAUGGUCGAACAUGUCCCAAACUGUUGUUAAAAUAUACCCAGUUUUGUAGCAACAAACCUGGCUGGACGUGUCCCAAACUGUUGCUAAAAUAUACCCAGUUUUGAUGCUACACAUAUGGUUGGACAUGUCCCAAACUGUUGUUAAUAUACCCAGUUUUGUAGCAACAAACCUGGCUGGACAUGUCCCAAACUGUUGUUAAAAUAUACCCAGUUUUGUUGCUGCAAACAUGGUUGGACAUGUCCCAAACUGUUGUUAAAAUAUACCCAGUUUUGAUGCUACACAUAUGGUUGGACAUGUCCCAAACUGUUGUUAAUAUACCCAGUUUUGUAGCAACAAACCUGGCUGGACAUGUCCCAAACUGUUGUUAAAAUAUACCCAGUUUUGUUGCUGCAAACAUGGCUGGACGUGUCCCAAACUGUUGUUAAAAUAUACCCAGUUUUGAUGCUACACAUAUGGUUGGACAUGUCCCAAACUGUUGUUAAAAAAUACACCGUUUUGCGGGGUUUUUUGCUGCAAACAUGGUUGGACAUGUCCCAAACUGUUGUUAAAAUAUACCCAGUUUUGAUGCUACACAUAUGGUCGAACAUGUCCCAAACUGUUGUUAAAAUAUACCCAGUUUUGUAGCAACAAACCUGGCUGGACAUGUCCCAAACUGUUGUUAAAAUGUACCCAGUUUUGUUGCUGCAAACAUGGCUGGACGUGUCCCAAACUGUUGUUAAAAUAUACCCAGUUUUGAUGCUACACAUAUGGUUGGACAUGUCCCAAACUGUUGUUAAUAUAUCCAGUUUUGUAGCAACAAACCUGGCCGGACAUGUCCCAAACUGUUGUUAAAAUAUACCCAGUUUUGUUGCUACAAACAUGGUUGGACAUGUCCCAAACUGUUGUUAAAAUAUACCCAGGUUUGUAGCAACAAACCUGGCUGGACAUGUCCCAAACUGUUGUUAAAAUAUACCCAGUUUUGAUGCUACACAUAUGGUUGGACAUGUCCCAAACUGUCGUUAAAAUAGGCUAUACCCAGUUUUGUAGCAACAAACCUGGCCGGACAUGUCCCAAACUGUUGUUAAAAUAUACCCAGUUUUGUUGCUACAAACAUGGUUGGACAUGUCCCAAACUGUUGUUAAAAUAUACCCAGUUUUGUUGCUACAAACAUGGUUGGACGUGUCCCAAACUGUUGUUAAAAUAUACCCAGGUUUGUAGCAACAAACCUGGCUGGACAUGUCCCAAACUGUUGUUAAAAUAUACCCAGUUUUUUCACUACAAACAUGGUUGGACAUAUCCCAAACUGUUGUUAAAAUAUACCCAGUUUUGUUGCUACAAACAUGGUUGGACGUGUCCCAAACUGUUGUUAAAAUAUACCCAGUUUUGUUGCUGCAAACAUGGCUGGACGUGUCCCAAACUAUUGUUAAAAUAUACCCAGUUUUGUUGCUACAAACAUGGCUGGACGUGUCCCAAACUGUUGUUAAAAUAUACCCAGUUUUGUUGCUACAAACAUGGUUGGACAUGUCCCAAACUGUUGUUAAAAUAUACCCAGUUUUUUUCAU